GUUUCCUGCCCUUUUCUUGCCGGCAAUGUCCUUCCAGUUAUUAUAGCUCUUGUCGGAGGCCGGGCCCUUCGGUGGCGGUGGUGGAUGCUCGGUCUUCUGCUUCUUUUCGAACUUGCCGCCUUUGCCCCUACGAGCCUCCUGCAUUGCCCGCAUCCUCUCCCGCUUUCUCUUGGUUUCCUCGUCCUUCCUGCGGCGUUCAUCCUCUCGUCUCUCCCGCAUCCUGCGCUCUUCGUUCAUGCGGAGAUUUCUCUCCGCCUGUUCCUUCUCGAGAAUCUUCGCCAAGUCCUCUGGCUCGACCUUCAGUGCACGCUCGAACGGUUCCAGCAUGCGAAGGAUCAACGUCUCCCGAUUCCGCCAGCAGAUGUCGCACUUCAGGUCACGCUCGGAUGAUGGAUCGACGUGCAUCAGGUCGUGGCCGCACUCGGCGAGGCGGUCGGGGUUUGUACGUAG